UGGUCGUCCUUGUGCUGUAAGCUGUCAAAACCAUGAGGGAGAAAGUGAAACAAACCUGCCUCGCAAAAAAGGGCCAUGUGAGGUUCAGAAAUGUUUAGACUUAACUCAGAAUAAUUAAGUACAUAAAAUAUUUUAGGGACUUGGCAUUGUGUUGCAUUACGAGCAAUCAAUCCGUGGGUAGCAUCUCGUUGGUAUGUCGUCGUUGCGUAUGCCCAUAAUUCAGAGAUUUUUAGCAGCUAUGCUGUUUGACAGUAGCCAUUAUUAUAUCGAUGCAUGAUUGUCAUGUCAAGUUAAUAUCGUUGAGGUCGGACUUGCGUGUUAUUAACGUACUAUUGCCGUACCGUUAUAUGGAAAUAGCUUGUUGGUCUUAGUUCUAACGGGUCGGUCACGUUUUCUUUUUAGGCUAUUGGAGGAGGCGUCGCAAUAACGUUGCAAUCACUGACUUGUAUAGUAUACAAGUCAGUGGUUGCAAUAGUUGUUUGUAACGUUAUACAUCCCACUCGAUUGUCCAUGUGUGCUGUGAUGUCAGCGAGAGCGUGCUAGCCUCAGAAGAUCCACUAUGAAAUCAAUAUUGAACAUGGAAUAUCGUCACUAUAUAUCAGACAAGAUUUAGUCUACUUUUAUCACCACGGGUUCGAUUUCUUGUGAGGUGUCGUUUCUGGUGGACUGCGAAGAGGCGAUUAUGUUGGCAAGCGGCGUCAUGAAUACAUUUGGGAAGAAUGGUUUGAUAGGUUUGGGAAUAGGCGCCACGGCUGGUGCGGGUGUUGUCGGAUUUCUGCUAUACAAGGAAAUUACUCGAAGGCAAAACGAAGAUACCUCAGAUUUGGCUCAGGGAAGUCCCACUACUGUGUUGGCAAAUGAUGUGGACGGACCACAGACACCUGCUCUUGAAGUGCAAGUCGUGUCUCCAUCAGAGAUUGCAGAGCUGGGCUCUGCUCUCCAGGGCCUCUCCCCGGAGCAGCAGAUGGAGUUGCGUAACCGCCUGGACGACGUGCUGACGUGUGUGGCGGGACUCCGCAGCGAGGUGUCGGAGCUCAGGACGGGCCUGCAGGACAUCGCCCAAAAGAUCAUUGAGGAUGUCAAGAAGGGUGUGGAGGAGAGCCAGCGUGCACGGCGGCGACGCCACCUGGUCCCGCGGGAACGCACCGACUCCAUGAGCUCCAGCUCCAUCUACUUCAGCGCCAGCGCCGGGCCGGCCAGCCUGUGGGGCGGCGGCGGCAGCGAGAGUGAGGCAGGAUACUCCACUGCCAAUGCAGAGUCCGACUACACAGACCGCGAGACGGACAAGGAAGGCGACAAGGAUGACAAGGAGUCGGAGGAAGAGGAGGAGGAUGACGAAGAUCGCAGCUGUGCCACAGUGCUCACCCUGCGCCAGGAGGACUCCCAGGCCGAGGAGGAAGAGGAAGAGGAGGGGGAGGGGAACGCGGAGGAGGAGGAGGAAGACCGGGAGUGGCCUACCAUGGCCACCAUGUUAGCGGAUGUGCCCAGCGCGCCCAGCGCAGAGCUGCUCCUCCUGCUGUCUCAGGGAGACCAGCUGCACGAGGGCGACAGCGGGGCCAAGAAGGAGGGCUUCCACCUGCUGCACACCAACAAACCUCUGUACUGUGACAGUACUGAGUUCCUGUGGAGACUGGCCCGAGCGUACAAUGACAUGUACGAAAUGGCAGAGGACAAGGAGGAGAAGAAGGCCUAUGCUGAGCAAGGCCGUGACGAGGCAGAGGCAGCGCUGAAGAGAAACGGCCUGAACGCUGAAUGCCAUAAAUGGUUUGCCAUCCUCACUGGCCUUACCUCCCAGUACGAGAGCAUGCACGGCAAAUUGAAGAGCAGUCACAUCCUUAAGGAGCACCUGGACCGAGCAAUCGCGCUGAGGGACGAUGACCCCUUCUGCUUCUACCUGCUGGGCCGCUGGUGCUACGAGGUCUCGAUGUUGGGCUGGCUGGAGAAGAAGGCGGCCGCGGCCCUGUACGAGUCUCCUCCCUCCUCCACCGUCCACGAAGCCCUGGAGCACUUUCUGAGGGCUGAAGAACUCAGCCCUGGCUUCUCCAAGACCGUGAGGAUGUACAUUGCCAAGUGCCACAAAGAGCUUGGGAACACGUCAGAAGCCAGCAACUGGGCCAGACUGGCAAUGCAGAUGCCCAGCGUCACCAGUGAGGAGAUUGGCAACUCUGGCCUUGAGGAGGAACUGAAGGCUUUAAUUGACCCGCCGUCAGAUCUGUCUCCAUCUAGCGGAGAUUUCUAAACCGAUGUCUCUUCCCACAGCACGCUCAAAAUGUGGGAGCAUAAUCAUAAGCACUAAAGAUUGCUUAUCAAUGCAAUCACCAUUCCAUUUCAUAGAGGACUGUGUGUGUGUGUGUGAUUAUGCUGCUUCCAUUGUGGUUGAACCAACGUGUACCAAACAUUUGGAGUUUCAAGUAAUGUUUGUAUGUGACUCGAGCAGGACGCCCCCAAGACCUGUUCUAAGUAUUUUAAUGUUUGAAAUUAAUGAGUACCCUCAUGUUAGUGUGAAGUCUGACACUGAGCAGCACUACAUGUUGAUAGUCACUCUGGUCACUGCAUGUUACCCAAAGGAUGGUUCUGGAUUCGAUCAGGCUCAGACCAGACACCAUCUCAUACUAUUUUGUUUUCUCUGGCAAGCAAAUGCAUAUCUACCUUUACCUGUCCAGUUUUUAAGAUGUAGCCUACUUUCCCUUCAUGAAAACCAAACCAUACACAUGAUUUAAUUAUUCGGGUCCCAAAAUAGUAAAUAUGGCAGGGCUUUUUUUUUUAAGUAGAAAAAAACAUUCCCAUCACUAAAAUAGUACAUGAGAUAGUUCUUAAGUUCCUAUCAUUGCAAGGUAAAUGUGUUAUCUUUCAGGAAUGUGUGCUUGUACUAGAGAAGGUGGUGCAUAAGGGACUGAUGGUUGCCCCAACGAUUAUGUCUAUUCUAUAGCCUCAGAUCAAAAUCUGGGCAAACCGAUAUGAAGAAAAGAGCUAUUCUUAGUUCUAAGUAGUGAGAGACCAAUGUGCCGUCUAACUCGCUUUGGGUAAUAUAAUUUAUUUUUUACAGAGAUCACUUAAGUUUAAGUUCUACAUGUGUGUUUAAAGAGAGUUAACAUUCCAUGGAAAGUUGUUUACUGUACUGACCACUGCACUGUAUUAUUUUAAUUUAUCACUUCACUGACAUAUUUAUUAAAAGUUGACUUAA